UCAAUGCCAUUGCGUCAAAUUAGUAAUUUGUGUAAUGGUGAUUAGAAAACAGUGUACGCGUUUUGUCCCGUUCAAAUUUCAAAGUUUUGCAGAAUUUCCCCAUUUUCCUGCAGAAAAUUGCUGAUUUUCUCAAACAGAGAGCUUUUCUUAACUAGUUUGCGACAUUUUCCCGGUCGCUAGUGCGAUUUUCCAACAAAAAACGCGAUUUUUCUAUACCCAAACUUUCUGACGUCUCCCGUCAAAAAGUUAAAUGGCCUACAUUGUUUGGGAUGUUCAAAUCUGUACUUUUCAGAUAAAUGGCUGGGAGAAACUGGCUGUUUAAUGCUGGUCGGGAAAUUCCAAUUAUUCAAGAAAAAUCGUCUGAGCCUAAGAGUGACUGCAAGUACCUACAGUCGAAACAUUGACCGUUUCUCCAAAGUAGAAGCUUUGUCCAUCUUCACCCCCACAAUCCACUAGUGAAUAAUCCUGAACGAAAACGCUGGAUUUUCGGGAAACUUCUUGAAGAAAAUGGUUGGGAUUAGUCAGGAUCUAUCAGGUCGCGUGCUUGUUUUGCUUGCUUUGCAAUCGAAGCUACUAGAAGAAGCCAUCAAAAUGCAUCGAUUGAUGCCUUGCCAAGUAAAUCUUUUACGCCGAAGAAAUGGGCCAAUUGUUUGAAAAAAUGUCACAUCAAUCAGGACUUUUCGAGCUUCGGCCACCUCCGCCCUCCCACUCCUUGGACUUGUGGUCAUUUCUUCCUUGUUCAAUAGCCGGAUAUUGAUUGAAACAGGUAAUGGACCAACCGCUGGACUUGCGAGUGAACCGAUCGCCAGUUGAUAUUGGGCGUGUGAGCAACAUGAUGGGCAAUCCUUAUCCAAUGCCUAUAGUUCCGCAAGUUUGGACAAGUCAAUUUAUAACUCAACCAAUUUCCAACUCAAAUCAGCCUUUCAACAUUCGGUGCUGGCCCUGUCAUCAGAGCAGUUGUUACUCUGUACAGCAGCCAAAAUAUUCACCGUAUGAGCAAGGGCUGCCCAAGGAACAAAUCAAACCUACAUUACUAGAAGUAACAAGUGCGAAAUUUCCAAAGUUUGACUUUCAACAUGUGGGAAAUAAUUUUGUUAAUGAUGACAAAAUGCCCAACACCCUGGAUAGAAAAAGGUCUGUACCGGAACGGAUUGGACCUCGAAAAUUCAUCGGAUUAUCAGAUUAUUCGAUGCACUCUAUACUAUCGAUGGGCUAUUCAGUAGAUGCGGAAAACUCAUUUAACUGUGAGACCGGAACCCGCACAACGCCAAAACGCAGACAAGCCAGUAGCAGCGACUCAUGCGAAAGCUUUGAACUGCACAACUCAAUUCGGGGCACUGUACCGCAAUGUUCCAAUAUCACAAUUAUCAUUGAUAAGAAAUAUAUGAAGGAUUUUGAAUUUGCUGAUGAACAAGAACACCACUUGUAUCUCCUGGCUAAAAAAAAUCCUCUUCUCAUAGUGAAAAUGCUGGAUCCCAAAGACGCAGAAGCGUACAGGCGCUUCAAGCAACACUAUGGGGACAUGACUCCGCGCACAAAAACGAAUGUGAAUAUGCGCCGAAAAGUGCCGACAAAAUCACCACAUUCGAAUGAUCCGGAUUACACUAUUAAACGCCUGAAGAACAACGAAUCAGCUAAGCGAUCCAGAGACAAUCGAAUAGCGAUGAGCCAUGAAAUGGAGCUAUUGGAUAUGUUUCUCAAACAAACAAUAGAGGAAAAGACCAGACGACUUCAAACCAUGUCACAUGCCCAAAACCAACCAUUCGUUUAUUAAGUGCGCUUAAAUCCUUAUAAUUUGUUAUUUAUCAAAAGUAUAUUUGUUGUUUUGUACAUUUUUUUAUGUGUUAAAAACGAUUUGCACAAACAGGGUGUAAGUAUUUUAAGGCGUUUGUUACGAGAAAAAAAUAGAUAUAGUUC